GUUGUUAGUUCCUGCAUCCACCGGCCCACAAUAUUAAUCACGCCAUGUAUCAUGACGACAAUAAUAAUAUCCAGCCUCAAUACUCGUCCUCUAACAAGCGGGACUCAGUCGCUCGUCGGAUCUGUCGCGCCGAGGUGAUAAUACCGAUAUUAUUAUUCACCACCAUCCUACUCGCCGGCUUCAUGGCCAUGGGGGAGUCGUUGAAGACAGCCUCGUAUCUGCGCUAUUCCACUGUCACGGGCUAUUUCCUGCAGGACGAGGAGAGCACCGAUCCGACAAAAUUCGACUAUGUCUCCACGAACUUCGGCUUGAUUAACCGCACAUACGACUCUGAUAUCAACGAUUUCGACGCAACCCAAUGGCAGCGCUUCGAGCGCCAAGUGCGCGCGCUGAAUCGGCACGCUGCGCCUGGCACUCAGUACAAGGUCCUGUUCAUGGGCCGACACGGCGAGGGCUUCCACAAUGUCGCCGAGAGCUGGUAUGGCACUGAAGCCUGGGACUGCUACUGGUCGCUUCUCGACGGCAACGAAACAACCUCCUGGUCGGACGCCCGUCUGACACCUGUCGGCCAGACACAAGCGCAAACCGCAAAUCAGGCGUGGCGCACGCAGCUCAAGAACCAGAUCCCGUUCCCAGAGUCGUUUUAUGUAAGUCCGCUGAAUCGGUGUUUGCAGACGGCGUUUAUCACGUUUGAUGGACUCGUCGAGCCGUUCAGACCGGUCGUCAAGGAGCUCCUCCGUGAAACAAUCGGGAUUCACACGUGUGACCGACGCUCCAGCAAAUCUGCUAUAUCAGCCGAGUACCCGGCGUACAAGAUCGAGCCUGGGUUCAGUGAGAACGACGAGCUCUGGGACGCAGAGCUCCGCGAGUCGGAUAGCGCGCAAGACGCGCGGUUGAAGAAGUUCCUAGACGAUGUGUUUGUGCAUGACGACAGCCAGUUUGUCUCGUUCACGGCGCAUUCCGGUGCGAUUACCUCGGUGUUGCAGGUUGUUGGCCACAGACAGUUUGGCCUGCAGACCGGAGGAGUGAUUCCAGUGUUGGUUAAAGCGGAGAGGGUUGCGGGCGAGGAACCGGAGAGGAAGAUUGAGCCGCCGACGAGGAAGCCUGAGUGUAAAGGGGAUCCGUUGAAGGCCGGGGGUUCGAUUAGAAUGCUGCUGAACUGAUAUAAAUUUACGGUUUAUAUAAUGAUAGAAAAGAAUAAUGUGUCAUUGACGGUAUUGAGAUUACCAUAACCAUUUAUUAUUCCACGGAUAGGCGAAAUGCAACUAUAAACCCCAUG